GCGGAGGCUCCUGCAGCGGUCGCCGACGCUUGGGUGGAGUUUCUCUGCGCCCUUCCGACCUGACCCUUUCAGCGCUUUGCUCCCGUCAGCCUACCUCGCUCUUCGGCGCCAUGACCACCACCACCACUUUCAAGGGCAUCGACCCCAACAGCAGGAACAGCUCCCGGGUUUUGCGGCCUCCCGGCGGUGGAUCCAAUUUUUCGUUGGGUUUUGAUGAACCAACAGAACAACCCGUGAGGAGGAACAAGAUGGCCUCCAGCAUCUUCGGGACGCCUGAGGAAAACCCCCCUUCCUGGGCCAAGUCGGCAGGUGCCAAGUCUAGUGGGGGCAGGGAAGAUUCUGAGUCAUCUGGACCCCAGAGAAGGAAUUCUUCUGAAGCGAACUCUGGAGACUUCUUAGAUCUGAAGGGAGAAGGUGACAUUCAUGAAAACGUGGACACAGACCUGCAGGCCAGCCUGGGGCAGAGUGAGGCGAAGCCUGUGCCCGCCGCCCCUGUGCCCAGCCCCGUGGCGCCGGCGCCUGUGCCGUCCCGGAGAAACCCCCCUGGCGGCAAGUCCAGCCUCGUCCUGGGUUAGCUCUGUCUGCCCAGAACUCUGUCGUUUUGUUCCUUUGUUUUUUUUCCAUGCUUGUGAACUGCACAACUUGAGCCUGACUGUACAUCUUUUGGAUUUGUUUCAUUAAAAAAGAAGCACUUAAAAAAAAAAAAAAAAAAAA